AUAACACUGAGGACGAAGCUCUCAGCUUUUUACCACGCGUAAAACCUCCAUUUGGCUUUGGUGUAUAAUCCCAACUACCAUUCUUAGGCUCUCCUCUGUCUCAAUCUAAUUGCAGAUUGCAAAACAAUUCUCGCAUUAUCGAAUCCCAGGUCCCAAACGGAGAACCACCCAUCAUUCAUCCACUCUGAUUCUACAAAACCCAGAUUUUGGCUGUGUUAAGUGAUUAAACGAGAUUGGUCAAGGAAGAACAAGUUGUUUUGUUGGACAAUGUUGCGUGUAAGUGUGUGUUUGUGAUCGUGGAAUGGAAAAGAAACGAACAGAUGACAGUGAGACAGUUCCAGUUCCUCCACUGAGAUUGGACAGAUUUGGAUUUGUAAAGCAGGAACCAUCUCCUGAUGGCUUACCCAAGGGAAGGUCAGCCUUGGAAUUCGAGAGAGAGGAAAGGAAGGUUAGGAAAUGGAGAAAGAUGAUUGGAGUGGGAGGCAGUGAUUGGAAACAUUAUCUUAGGAGAAAACCUCAUGUUGUCAAAAGAAGAAUAAGAAAAGGAAUUCCUGAUUGUUUAAGAGGUCUGGUCUGGCAGUUGAUCUCUGGAAGUCGGGAUCUUUUGUUGAUGAACCCUGGUGUUUAUGAGCAAUUAGUAAUAUAUGAGACAUCAGCUUCAGAGCUGGAUAUAAUUCGAGAUAUAUCCCGUACCUUCCCUUCACAUGUUUUCUUCCAGCAGAGACAUGGUCCUGGUCAAAGGUCUCUCUACAAUGUUUUGAAGGCAUACUCUGUCUUUGACAGAGAUGUUGGAUAUGUUCAGGGAAUGGGGUUUCUGGCCGGUCUAUUGCUUCUUUAUAUGAGCGAGGAGGAUGCAUUUUGGUUAUUGGUCGCGUUACUCAAAGGAGCGGUCCAUGCACCAAUGGAAGGAUUAUAUCAGGUAGGUCUACCACUGGUACAACAAUACCUUUUUCAGUUUGACCAGUUGGUAAGGGAGCACUUGCCAAAGCUGGGAGAGCAUUUUACCGAAGAAAUGAUAAAUCCCAGCAUGUAUGCAAGCCAGUGGUUCAUUACUGUCUUUUCAUAUUCUUUUCCUUUCCAUUUGGCUCUUCGAAUUUGGGAUGUCUUUCUCUACGAGGGUGUUAAAAUCGUUUUUAAAGUUGGUUUGGCCCUAUUAAAAUAUUGUCACGACGACUUGGUAAAAUUACCCUUCGAGAAACUGAUUCAUGCUUUGCGUAACUUCCCCGAGGAUGCGAUGGAUCCUGACACGUUACUUCCAAUGGCUUAUUCUAUCAAGGUAUCCAGGUGCUUGGAGGAUUUGAAACAUCAGUAUGAUAAGAAGAAUGGGAAGAACCAUGAGGCUACAAAGGAUGAGAAACCGGCUGAAUGAAGGUUGUUCUCAUCCCGGGGGAGUUGGGGCAGCUCGUCAUUCUUCAUUCUUCUGUAGGAACUAGAGAGUCGAAUUCAUGUAGGGCAGAUAAUGUAUAAAGAAUGUAUCGAUAAUAUUUAGCUUCUUUCAAGUCCAAGGUUAUGAACUGCUGCCCUAUUCUUGUAACAACUCUCACAUUUAGAUUCGAAAUAUAUGUAGUAGGGUGCUACAGUUUCCAUUCUGGAGCUGGGGAUUUCAUGGUUGAUGGUCCUGGAUCAUAUUGACGGUUGCUUGUGACGAUCGAUGUCCGAGCUGGGUCCGUCUAGUUGUAGUGGAAGAAGAAAGUUGUCAUAGUUGAUAGUUCUGAUGUACAUGAGGCCUCAAGUCCUACUCGCAUCUUACCCUGUGAGUUCAUGUCUGCUGUCCUUCGAAUAUAAAUGAAUAUCAAAUUUAGUUUUGAAUUUCUUGGUGCUUUCAUUGUAAGUUGUAACACCCUUCUGUUCAAUACAUUGUCUUGUAUCAUUAUCCAG